GAGCAUUGCUGUUCCCCUCUGAGUUCACCGCCUGGCUCACAUCCCGGUGAGGGCUGAAUUCAGGUUCCCUUUGGAUCCUGAAGCCUUUUUUAAAAGGAGUAGGUGGAGUUUCCCCUCUCUUCUGUCCCCAGACCUGAGUUUGGGUCACAGCGGUUGGGUGUUGCCACUCUCCGGACUCCCUGCUGGUAACUCCGACGGUCCUGGUCCCCUUCCCCAAACAAAACCACACAUCUGCAACUUUUAGUUUCAAACAAAUUUGAUCAUCUCAAGUCAUCGAAACACUGCAAUGGAUCAGCACAAGUAUCGCACGGCGGGUGUUCAGGAGAAGCUGGAGAUCAUUGGGGUGGAGGACGAGGCCGGGAACCCCAUCAGCGGCCUGACCAUCCUGUCUCUGCUGGAACGCGUGGCCGGCAUCAUUGACAACGUCCAGUCUUGCCAGCAGCGCAUGGAGGAGCGUCAGCUGGAACUGGAGAAUAACAUCAAAACCAUCCAGGGUGACGUCCUGAAACUGGCCAAGGACCACACCGACACCAGCGGCACGGUGGAGAAGCUCCUGCAGAAGACCCGCAAAGUCAGCGCCAACGUCAAGGAGGUCCGGGCGCGCGUCGAGAAGCAAAACGUUCGCGUCAAGAAGGUUGAAACGACACAGGAUGAGCUGCUCACCCGCAACAAGUUCCGCGUUGUCAUCUAUCAGGGUGAGACAGAGGUCCCAUCAGUUGCCGUCACCAAGUCCCCCAAAGGAACCGGCCUGGACGGGCUGGAGAUCGAGCCCGACCUGUACGACAUCCCCGUCGACCUCUCCUCCGAUGAGGAGUACCUGAGCGUGGAGGAGGCCGACCCGUCACGAGCUGCCCGCAUCAAGAAGUCCGUCGCGAAGAGCAAAGAGACCCUGAAGGCCGCUUUCUCCAAGGAGAACAUGUCGAAAACCAAAGACAACCUGGGCACCAAGUUCCACAACCUGGGCGAGAAGGUGAUGCCGCCCGAGCGGAGGGACAAGAUGCACCAGGCCGGCGAGCGGCUGAAGCAGUCCGGCGAGCGGCUGAAGGAGAACAUCGCCAAGAAGGCUCCGAGCAAAGAGACCUUCCGCAUCAAGCUGAAGAAGGAAAGAGCCGUCGCUGAAGGCCAAGAGGGGGCCGAGGCCGAGGCCGAGGCCGAGGAGCCGGCGGCGCUCCCGGGGGUCACCUACACCGAGGUCGCCAUGGAAUCCAAGAGGGAGGGGCCUGUGGAGGAGGCCGGCGCUACCCGGAUAGGAGAGGAGGAUUACCGGAAGUAGACUGGACUUCAGAUCAAGACAGCGCUGACACGAAGAGAUGAGGCAGGACACCGGAGAAAGCUCGAGGAUUGAGAGAGAGAAGGUCUGUGAUUGGUCGUCAUCCACGAUGGAGAUUUUUAUUCACCUGAACGUAUCAAAACAGUUCUCGAGACGGGAAUCUGUACUGACACCAGAAACUCGUCAGGAUAUGAACUGUUAUUUAUUAAAUCUAUUUCAGCGUGUUAACGUGAGGCAAGUUACUGUCAAAUGUUUUUAAGGAUUAUAUAAUUGAAUUAAUGUGAGAAUCUUUAUUUCGAAUGCACUCAGAAAAAUUCAGGUUUCGGAUUUGUGAGUCCAGGUUGAGGUUGAGGAAAGUAACGAUGGCAAGCGGUUGAUGAUGAAUGUUGAUCUGAAGUUCAUGUAUUGAUCUUUUAUCUGGCUGUACAUAUAAUGUUGUACAUAGCGCCAAAAUGGAAAGGAAGAAGAAGUUUGGUCAGUGCAGGCCUCAGCUGGUCUCUGAGGAGCCUGCUGAGAAAAUCAGAUCAGACGUCAGACUGGUUUCUGCUCGCAGCAUCGUAGGAAGGAGAUGAAGUUAGAGUUAAGGUGCUUCAAAGCAGCAACACUGAAAGCAACAUUAUGCAAGAAACUUCAGUAACAUGGACAGCUGUACUCGAGUAUCUGUUCUUACUAGUCCAGCAGCAGUCAGCCCAGCUCGGCGUCUGUCUUUCAGCCUUUUAUUUCACCAAG